AUGGCGAGCGCGCAGCUCACUGAUGAGCAGCUCCAACAGAGCGCCGUUCUUUCCGAUGACGACGCCGAAUACGAGAAUGCUCCCGAAGUGCCCCUCGCUGAAGACGAAGCACCCAUAAGCACCGAGAGCCCGUUAACUAACCCCAAUACCCACGAUGACGCCCAUUCGGACGCGACCCCAGACGGAGACGACGAAAAACACGCGAAUAUUACCGAUAACGAUGUGGAAAUGGGCGAAAAUACAGACGAGCACAGCGGUCUCUCUGACGAGGAGUCUGUUGUCGAUGAAGAAAUGGACCAGAACUUCGAUGAGGAUGUCGAACCGCGCGCAGAACAAGACCACGAAGACGAGGCCUCUGCUGGCCCCGGCAGUCGCAGUAGCAGCCCCUUAGACGAUAUCGAAGAGGAUGAAGAGGCGGAAGGCGUCGGCGCUGUCAAAAUUCGGCCAGGCGAGACAGAUGACGAGGCUGAGCUCGAGAGCGACCAAGAUUCACAAAGCGAAUCUGACAACGAAUCCGACGGUGCUGCAGCAUGGGAGGAUGCCGCAGGAGAAGAUGAAGAUGACGAAGAGGGAUCGGAGGAUGCCGCGCCUAACAUGUGCAUGUUUUGCAAACAAGACGAAGAGAACGACCCUGCCGAGGAAUUCGAAGAGUACUUGGCCUGUGGUGUAUGCGGCGAGAACUGCAAGGAGGCAGGCGCCUUGAAAGACCCCAGCAGUCUUCCUCAGUGGAAGUGUAUCGAAUGCGCUGCCGGAGAUGACGAGGCGGCCAACGAACCGCUCGAUGGAGUCUCGCAAGAACACGAACCUGAGCCGGAAGUCGGACUCGAUCUUGAGCUAUCGCCGUCUUCUAGGCGAUCGACGGCAUCUCAAGUCGCACGAGAUUUGCUUCCUCCUCAGAAAGGCCCAGCUAAGCCUGAUUCUCACUCAGUCUUCAACCAGCUGGUUCUGGACGGUGACCCGUUGGAUGGGUCUCGCGUUCUCCGAAAGCGUAAGACAUCUUCCGUCGAGGCAGAUGACAUGGUAAUGUCCCUUCGGAAACGACGGAGAAACAAUUCCAAGGAGCGAGAAUCAAGUCACGGAGCAGGCACCUCGCAGGACACUGCCAAUGGAACGGGCGAAAAAGAUGUUCGCCGCAAAUUGCGUUUGAACCCGACCAGGAAGAGCCAAGCAGUUACCGUAACCCGCCGCCAACGGUCAACCAUUGUCAAAAUGCGCGUGAAGCCAUCUGCGCUUCGUCGUGUCCUCUCCAGAAAAUCCACAUCGAAUCGAAAGAGAUCCGAAAGGGGAAAUGCCACUGCGUCGCGCGGUGACCCCAUCGCAGGCGUCUCGACUUCACUUACGUCGGGCGACUAUUCACAUCCCUUCUAUUCGUUUUUCGAGCGAGAGACAGACGAAAUGAAAACCAAGCCAUACGGUGGAAUCCUUAGCGAGGCUGAAGCAGACACAUCCAGAACGCUUCCCAUGCCGGAAGACCGCCGGAAAUUCGACGAGGCGAAGCAAAAAGCAGAAGAGGUCUGGAGAGCACGCCUCCACAGUGUUCAAGCCAAUUUGGGCACGCCCGCCAAAAGGCCGAAGAAGAAUGCGGGACCGGCGAGUCAAAUCGAGUGCAUCGAUUUCGGGGGUUGGGAGAUUGACACGUGGUAUGCUGCUCCCUAUCCCGAAGAGUAUAGUCGCAACCGAACGCUGUACAUCUGCGAAUUCUGCCUGAAGUACAUGAACUCGGAUUAUGUUGCUUGGCGGCACAAACUCAAAUGCCCAGCCAAACACCCUCCGGGUGAUGAGAUCUACCGACACGGAUCCGUCUCUGUUUUCGAAGUUGACGGCCGAAAGAACCCGGUUUACUGCCAGAAUCUCUGCCUACUCGCCAAACUCUUUUUGGGUUCCAAGACGCUUUACUACGACGUUGAGCCAUUCUUAUUCUAUGUGUUGUGCGAAUACGACACGCUCGGCUACCACUUUGUCGGCUACUUCUCCAAAGAAAAGAGAGCAAGCAGCCAAAACAAUGUGUCGUGUAUUCUCACAUUACCAAUCCACCAACGCAAAGGCUACGGAAACUUGCUGAUAGACUUUUCCUAUUUGCUCACCCGCGUUGAGCGAAAAACGGGAUCUCCUGAAAAGCCACUGUCUGACAUGGGCCUGGUCUCGUAUCGUAACUAUUGGAGGCUAGUGCUAUGCCGGUAUUUGUUGGACCACAUUACCGACGACAAGGCAUCGGCGGCGGGUUUGAGCGUACGAAACAUCUCCGACGACACGGGCUUGACAGCAGACGACGUGAUAUCAGCGCUCGAGGGUCUUCGAUGUCUUGUUCGCGAUCCCCAGUCGGAGCUAUACGCUUUUCGGGUGGACCUUGCUUACUGCAACGACUACAUCUCCAAGUGGGAGCGCAAGAACUACGUCAAGCUGAACCCGGACGCGUUAACUUGGACACCGUAUGUCAUGGGACGAGGCAAUGCCACCAACUUCGAACUGGGUCCCGCUAUUAGCGCGAUCGCACCACGAGAGGAGGAGGAGCCUCUGAAGCCCGUCGAAGAGUCGGGUUCAGUCAUAUCCCACCACGAGCCAAUCGCCAAUGGUGUCGCGGUCACGGUUAAUGGAGUGACAGAGAAACUUGCGGAUACGGGCAGUGCCUUAGUAGCAGACAAGGACGGCGCAGACACGUGCGAUGAGGUAACUGACACUCAAGUACACCCGGACGCUUAUGAAUCCAUGGAGUCGCAUGAUGGUGCUGCGAAUGGAGAGAAUAGCUUGGAAGCUGCUCACGAGGAGGCAUCCCAACACAGCACGGCGACGCAGGAAAACUCGGGGCAGCUCUUGUUGGAGGACUGGAAGUUGGUCUACAGGGAUGUGCCUCCGUCCAGGUUCGAAGUUUAUCCACCUCUCGGCGGCCGCCGCGCAGAUCGGCCCCGUGCAAGCGUUUCUCGACCAGCGGUGCCACGGAGCAAUAGCAGUAGCUCACGGCCGAAACGAUCAGGUGGGGGCAGUAGCAGCGCCAGACGGCCAUCAUCGAGCCGGCCCAAGAGCUCCUCUUCGUCGCGUAGGAAGACUGGCGGAACAGGACGCGGGCCAGGAAGAUGGCCCAAGGGCACCAAGAAGAGCGAUUACGGCAAUGCCGACAGCGGACCCGGCCUCCCGCCGGCCUGGAUUAGGGAAAGGCAACGGCUUGCGGCGGUCGGGGGAGCCAAGGGCACCGAGGCGGGAGAGGGGUCCGGUCUGGAGGCCAAGCAGACGAUGGAUGUGGUCCGAGUGCAGGUCGAGGAGGGAGCAGAGGGGACGACGGUGUUAGGCGGAAAGGGAGGCGGUGGUAAAAACGGUGUAAGUGAAGAUGCAGAUGGGCAUGCGGAGGACGAAUGA